AAAAAAGUUGCAACGUUUCCAUUCUCAUUGGAUUUUUAAAUGCAUAAAAAUGUCGAAGGCAAUCUCACAGUUCGCGCUCCAGAAUUCGCUGAUUUCCAAUGCAACUUCUCUCACUAGCUCCUAGGGAAUACUUAUGUUUCCACUCCAUGAAGAGUCUGUUUCUUGUACUAGAACUCUCUCGCUUUCGACAAAUAUCAAACAUGUACCCUACCUCACUUUAAGUUCUAAAAGUGUACACUAGUAGUUCAGCCACAGAAAACAGAUCUUAGAUUUAUGAACGUAAUUUUUGGCGCCAUUUUAGUGCCUAACCUAACAAAGAUGAUUGUGCCGAUCAAAAGAGACGGAAACAUAGAAACUUGGGCUAUUAUAGAUCUCCAAGGCGAUCUAAAAUUCGAAACGAUCGAUAAUCCAGGCGAUCAAUUAAUCGGCGAUCUUCACUUCACAAAAACUGGAGUACCUAUAUUAAUUAUCGGAAUUCACGUGUUACAUGGAAAAGAAGUAACACUUGAUAAACCACUGCUUGUAUUGGAGAAACAUCAUGAUACGAGAGAUGAGAGAAUAGAGGAGGAAACUACAACAAAAACAGAGUACUUUGUGAAAGCUAUUGUGAGAAAGAAACUCUUGUUUAAGUCAAGACCGAAGCCUAUAGUAACCAAUGUACCAAAACCAUGUUAAACAGCUUCAAAAUAUUACUUGUACUUACAUACAUGUAUACAACUUCAUAAGAAAUAAAAUGAUUUUAUUUUA